CCGGAUACGGGCAGAUUGGCAUCUUUCGGUUCCCACAAAAAUCUCCAGCGUGACGAAGAAGCAUGAGUGAAUUCCGCGAGACACAGUCCCAUCGCCGCGAGAACGCGCACUUUGAGCAGCAUGACGUGAUGCUGCAGGAACCCAAGGGGGGAUUUUGCUUCUCCAAUGUUCGUCGCAACGCAUUCAUCUUGAACAACACAACCGUAGCGGGAAACAAGACCAAGAACGCCCCUUUCAAAGUGCAAAAGACGGGCACGACGAUUGUUGGUGUCGUGUACAAGGACGGCAUUGUGCUUGGCGCCGAUACUCGCGCGACUGGUGGAAGUACCGUGAUGGACAAGAACUGUGAAAAGAUCCACUAUAUUGCCCCGAACAUCUACUGCUGUGGUGCCGGGACUGCCGCCGACACAGAGAAUGUGACGCAAAUUAUUUCAUCCGCGCUGGAGCUGCAUCGAUUGAACACGGACUCUCAGUCUCGCGUUGCGACGGCCAUGACGUUGUUGAAGCAAAAAUUGUUUCAGUACCAAGGCCACUUGAGCGCCGCCCUCGUGUUGGGUGGUCUUGACGUGACUGGUCCGUCGCUGUAUACGAUCUACCCCCAUGGUAGCACGGAUCGACUUCCGUUCGUGACGAUGGGCAGUGGCAGUUUGGCAGCUAUGGCUAUCUUUGAAGCAGGCUACAAGGACGAUUUGGACGAAGCAUCUGCCAAGAAGCUCGUGCAACAGGCGAUUCUGGCGGGUAUUUUCAAUGAUUUGGGCAGUGGAAGCAACGUGGAUAUCCUCACAAUCAAGCGCGAUACCGCUGGCGAAGUGAUUGUCGAGAAAGAGUUCAACAUCAUCAAACCCAACGAAGUGAGCGUCCUCCGCAACCAAGUAAACCGCAACGUUGUGACGAACAUCCCCCGCGGUGCCACUCGUGUUGUGCGUCAGCACUUUGAACCGCUCUUGGUGGUUGAAGACGGAACGCCGAUGGACCUAUAGUCGAUGUACCGCUCCGAUUGUAGCUGAAACUAGUCCAUUUAACUAAUACACUUCGAUGGGCUGAACGUACACUA